AUUGGGUGCUGAGGGGACAAAGUCUUUAACCUAUAUAUUUCACAAGAAAUUUGGUAACGUCGUCAUUUUCAGUGGAUGUGACAACAAUAGCUAUUUGCGCUAUUAUGGGACGUUACUCAUAGACAUUUCAUGUUUUAGGAAACUGAAUAAAGCUUUAUUUAAGUAUAUAUUCUAAGAAUCAGGAACACGGUUUUGUUUAUAUUUAUACAGUUACUAAUCGUCAAUCUAAGAUUCUCCCCGACCAAUAAACGGCUUUUCAAUGAUACACUUUCUAAGUACUGUAAAACCACAGUGCGCGGCGGUAGCGUGAAGCUAGGUGCAAACUGUGACCAAAAUGCCGGAAGCAAGCCUAGCGUUUGUUAUUGGAAAAUAAAAUGACUCAGAGAAUAAUCAAACGGGAAAUUGGUUGGUUAAGUGAUGAUAUAAAAUGACAGGAUAAGUAGAAUGGGCCAUCGAGGGAUUUGGAAUUCAAAGAGAGAUUACAAAACCAAAAAAGAUUACCCUAAAUUAGUUCAAACUUUGGUUUGCUAAAACAAUUUAAGAAGAAACACAAGGAGCGAGGGGCAGACAGAUACCAGUACUGUCCAAAUACACGGAAGGCAUUGUCAUGGACUUCAACAACACUAUAAAAUAUGGGUUAUACAUUCUUAUAACUUUGGCAAGUAUUCAGGUAUCACACAUAUCCAGUGGACCCAUUGAGAGACAAGAGGUAGGGGCACCUGGGCACAUUGGGAGACCAAACCCCGCUGAGCCAUACACGGACCUGUCAAUCGACCAAAUCAUCAGCGGCGUAUUGGAGAAACACAAAAGCGGAGAUGGUCCCCAGAAAUUGUUAGAUCCAAGUUUUAAGUAUCUAUCCGAGCUGGAUAUGGUACUGACAGAGGAGCAAUAUGAGAAGUUGUACCCAGGAAAAGAAGCGCCAGCCCCGCCUGGUAAACUACGGACGAAGCGAAAGGCUGUCAACGAUGAUAUCCUUUAUUGGGAUAAUGCAACUGUUACUUAUGAAUUAAACUAUGAUGACUUUUCAAGACAAGACCAAUAUGUGCUACGUACUGCAAUGAAUGACUGGGAAUUCUUUACCUGUGUCAAUUUUAAAGCAAAGACAAAGAAAGACCGUGACUUCAUUAGAUUCCAAAAUGGUUUCGGGUGCAAUUCAAGACUGGGUAUGGUAGGAGGUAUGCAGGCAGUAAACCUAGAAUCACCCGGAUGUCGCUGGAAAGGACUGUAUCUUCAUGAGAUAGGACAUGCCUUUGGUCUGUACCACGAACAUCAAUUGCCCCAAAGAGACGAUUAUAUCUAUAUCAUCUGGGAAAACGUAGCAGAAGACUUGAAACAAUGGUUCAAAAAGUACGAUAAAAGUGUCGUUGACAAUUUUGGAGCAGCAUAUGAAUAUUCAUCAGUGAUGCAUUAUGGGACAUCGGCGUUUUCCAAAGAUGGCACGUCACAGACAAUCAAAGCGUUCGAUGAAAGUAAAGAGGCGGAGAUAGGGAGAGUCUACCUCAAAGGACUAAGUUUCACAGAUAUAAAAGUUGUCAAUAAUAUGUAUCAAUGCGCAUCUCAUUGUCCAAAUAAACAUUGCGGAGGAGCUGGGUUCAUGAACAAAGACUGCAAAUGCGUCUGCCCAGUUGGUGACUCCAAGUGCAAGGGAAUUGAAGUGUUUGACACCGAAGCAUACAUUUCAAAGGAAGAUAAGGCGAAAUGUAGGAACGUACAUUAUAAUGACGUCGAGUGUGACUACUGGGCUAGUGACGGUGAAUGUAAGAAUAACCCCAUCUGGAUGGGGAACAACUGUGCCAAGUCAUGCAAAAUAUGCCAACCUGCGCCCGAGGACAUUCCCAAAAAGACAAUUGACAACGAUUGCGGAAACAUUGAAAGUGAUACGGACUGUCACUACUGGGUGAAAGAAGGGAACUGCAUAAGAUUUAGAAAAUGGAUGGCAAAGAACUGUAGAGCUGCCUGCAAUAAAUGUAACGCUACUGAAGAAGAGGAAGAAGAAGAGGAAGAAGGUUGUGGGAAUAUCUAUGAUGACGACAAGUGUAUAGGAUGGGCAGAGGAAGGCGAGUGCGAUGCCAACCCCGACUGGAUGAUAGACAACUGUCAAAAUGCUUGUGGAAAAUGCGAAGAAGAAGAUAAGAAAACUGAUGGAGAGUGUAUUAAUAUUCACAAUGACCACGAAUGCAAUAGAUGGGCAGAUGGUGGUGAAUGUGAUGCAAAUCCUGUGUGGAUGCACGAAAAUUGCAGACUUGCUUGCAACUUGUGCAAACUGAAGAACACAAGCACUGAUGGGGAGUGCCCUAAUAUUCACAAUGACCACGAAUGCAAUAGAUGGGCAGAUGGUGGGGAAUGUGAUGCAAACCCUGUGUGGAUGCACGAAAAUUGCAGACUUGCUUGUAACUUGUGCAAACUGAAGAACACAAGCACUGAUGGAGAGUGCCAUAAUAUUCACAAUGACCACGAAUGCAAUAGAUGGGCAGAUGGCGGUGAAUGUGAUGCAAACCCUGUGUGGAUGCACGAAAACUGCAGACUUGCUUGCAACUUGUGCAAAAUGAAGAACACAAGCACUGAUGGGGAGUGCCCUAAUAUUCACAAUGACCACGAAUGCAAUAGAUGGGCAGAUGGUGGGGAAUGUGAUGCAAAUCCUGCGUGGAUGCACGAAAAUUGCAGACUUGCUUGCAACUUGUGCAAACUGAAGAACACAAGCACUGAUGGAGAGUGCCCUAAUAUUCACAAUGACCACGAAUGCAAUAGAUGGGCAGAUGGUGGGGAAUGUGAUGCAAAUCCUGUGUGGAUGCACGAAAAUUGCAGACUUGCUUGUAACUUGUGCAAACUGAAGAAUAAGAAUACCAAUGGAGAGUGUAUUAAUAUCCACAAUGACCACGAAUGCAAUAGAUGGGCAGACGGUGGGGAAUGUGAUGCGAAUCCUGUGUGGAUGCACGAAAAUUGCAGACUUGCUUGUAACUUGUGCAAAUUGAAUAAAACAGACUCGACAUGUGUAAAUAUAUUUGAUGACGAGGACUGUGACGACUGGUUUAACAAAGGUCAGUGCGACAAGAACAAAGAUUGGAUGCAUACAAACUGCAAAAGGUCAUGCAAGCAAUGCGAAACAGACGACAGCAGCGGGGAAGCUGAAUGCGUGAACAUUUACGAAGAUGACGCAAAAUGUGAACGCUGGGCAAAAGCAGGAGAAUGUAAAGAGAACGAAGAUUGGAUGAUUGAAAACUGCAGGCGAGCUUGUACCAAAUGUGACAAAGAACAAAAAGACAAAAGUGAUGAAGAGGAAGACGACAAUAAUGUAGACGACAACGGAGAAGAUGGUUGUCGAGACUAUUAUCCACGUGAAAAGUGCAAACAAUGGGCCAACGACGAUGCCUGCGUUAACGAUAAAGAUUGGAUGGAAACAAAUUGUAAAUGGACAUGCGACAAAUGUAAAACAGUUGAAGAGAAACCCAAAAAGAAAGGAGAGGAAUGCCUCGACAAGAAUGACCUGUGCUCGAUGUGGGCCACCGAGGGUCAGUGUACGUUUAACCCGGAUUAUAUGAAGAUCAACUGUCAACUAUCAUGCGGUAUAUGCAAGCGAAAGGGUGAUGAUAAGAAUAAGAAAGAAGAGGUUUGCCAAGACGAAAAUUCCCUCUGUUCGGACUGGGCGGCGGCAGACCACUGUUCUAUUAGCCCCACCUAUAUGUUGGUAUACUGCAAGAAGUCAUGUGGCAUAUGUAUAGAAGACGGAGUCGAUGCUGGAUCAGGUAACUGCAAGGAUAAAAAUGCUCUUUGUAAGGCUUGGACAAAAGCUGGACAUUGUGACAUUAAUCCCUCCUACAUGCACAUACAUUGCGCCUACUCGUGUGGUAAAUGCAAACCAGUUAAGAAAAAUAAAAAUGACGAAAAUGAGACGACCAGAGAUCUGACGGAUGACACGCCACGUGUCAAGGUCACAACUACUGACCUUGGCGAUGAGCCAAGUAAAGACACUUCUCGUAAAACUAGACAUGGAAAGAACAAAAGCAGGCGGACCAAGAGUUCUAGAGAUGGAAAACGCAGGAGAAAAAAUAAAGAUAAAAAGACAAGUAGGACUAAAGUGAAUGAUGAAGAUAAGAAAAGUAAAGAGCCUUGCAGAGACUUUGUUCAAUCGUGUGAAGAAUGGGCUAGACACGGACACUGUCAUAUGAACACCAAAUACAUGCUCCAACACUGCAAAAAGUCGUGUGGGAGAUGCUAAGUUGUUGGGAAACCAUUCAGGACGAAACUCGAGAAUCACCAACUGGCGUGUGUGACUCUCGUUUUGAUAUGUUUUUAAUUGAAAGCCGGUGUAGAAGGGUUGUUAUGUCUAGAUUGUCAUAAAAAAAACUGCUGACCUAAUCCUAAUUUUAUGCAUACUUAGUCAGGGUCAGAUUUCCAUAGAUACCGAUUUAAUCUUGAAGUUAAUCUUUUAGCUUAACAUCUACUUUGGACCCCCUGAAAGAAGGAAUUCGCCUUGAGAGAAACUCUCAUAAAUGGUCGAAAUAUUGGGAGUCUUUAUAUGCAAUAAAAGAGGUCGUGACUGUGGUUGCAAUACAAGGCGUUAUGCACAUUGUAGAAACUAAACAUAUCAUCUAUUGAAUUCGGGUCGUAGGUAGUUAUGAACACAUGAGCCUACUUCUUUUAGAUGAAACUCUUAGAUGUUUUUGAUUUGUUAUCAAUUAAUGCAUCUAUUACAAAGAACAUUGGAUUGUACACAAUUAGAUUUUGAUCAAGGACACAACGAACUGUUAAAAUCAAAAACAUGAAAUAAUUGAUAUAACACUGAAGCAACACUUUUUGACACUUUUUAUAUAUGAGUAAUAUUGUACACGUUUUGAGAAAUAUUGAGUACUUUUUAGUGAAGAUAAUUUCUUGAGCAAUAUCGAAUAUCUUUGUAGUUAUAGUGAGUAACAUUAGGUACUUUUUAAGUUGUAUUGAGUAUAUUUGAUCAAUAUUGAGUAUCUUUGGAGUAGUACUGAGUACAUUUUGAGAAAUUUGGAUAUUUUGAGUAAUAUGUAGUACUUGUGUAGAAUCGAGUACCAUAUCUUUGGAGUAGUAUUGAUUACUGCUGAUGUGCCAAAUAACAUUUGUAAAUUGUAAUUAUAUUGUACAGUUUUAUAUUCAUUUUAUUAUUAACUAAAUUAUAAUUAUUUUGUAAAUAAAUGUAAAAUAUCUGAAAGGAA